GUGACGGAUGUGAUGGACUGAAGCUGAGGUUGGAGUGACGCUGAAGGUUCAUUGCAUCAAUAUGUUCUUGUUUUACCGAAACAUGCGUUAAAUCAGAAGUUUCCCCAAAGCUUCAGCCGUGGCGGUGCAGUGUGUUUCACCGGUGAUGCCAACCUGAAGGGACACAAUGGACAAUGGAAAACCCAACCGUGUGUCUCGACCCCAGAGAAUCAGUGAAUCAUCCAAGGUGUUCCGCUGGACCGACCAGGCCGCUGAGGUUCUACAGGGUCUCAAUGAGCAGCGGCAGCACAGUCAGUUCUGCGAUGUGGUCCUGGUGGCAGACGACCGGCGAGUCCCCGCCCACCGCGCAAUAUUGGCCAUCUCCAGCCCAUACUUCAACGCUAUGUUCACACUGGGCAUGAAGGAGGAAUAUCAGGCUGAGGUGGAGCUGGUUGGGAUGUCCUACAUCGGCCUGAAGGCUGUCGUGGACUUCCUGUAUAGCGGAGAGCUGCCACUGGAUGGAGGAAACAUCGACUUUGUACUUGAAGCAGCCCACCUUCUGCAGGUGUGGCGUGUGGUGGAUUUCUGCUGCCAGUACCUGGAGCGGGAGGUGAGUGAGGACAACUACCUGUACCUACAGGAACUGGCUCUGCUCUACAGUCUGGAACGACUUGACACCUUCAUCGACCACUUCAUCCUCAGACGCUUUGCCACGCUCUCAUUUACCCCCAACUUCCUUCGAGACAUUCCAUUACACAAACUCAUCUCCUACCUCUCCAGCAGCCAGGUUCAACACGAGGGAGAGCAGGCACUGCUUCAGGCCGCCCUCCAGUGGCUGAGCCAUGCCCCCGACCGGACCGCCCACGCCCGGCAGCUCCUCCCUCACAUCCGCUUCCCUCUGAUGCCGGUGGGUGACCUGGUGGACCGGGUUCUACCGGCGUUGAGGGCGCUGCUGCCGGAGGAGGCCGGCGGCGAGGCCCUGGUGGAGGAGGCGCUGGCGUACCACAGCAGAGCCAGUGCACAGCCCCUCCUCCAAACUGGACGCACUUCGCUGAGGGGUGGGGUCGAGCGGCUGCUGCUGAUUGGAGGAGAGGUGUCCGAGCGGGGGGAGGAGCUCAGCGCCAACGUCUGCCGGUUGGACGGGGAAACAGGAAACUGGGAAGUGGAGGCGGAGCUGCCGGCCCAGCGAAGCCACCACUGCCUGGCGGUUCUGGGUGGGUUCAUAUUCGCCGCUGGCGGCAGCUCGUCCAGGGACAAUGGCGGAGACGCCGCCUGUAACCUGCUCUAUAGAUACGACCCCCGCCACAACCACUGGACCCGGGGGGCAUCCAUGAACCAGCGGAGGGUCGACUUCUACCUGGGGGCGGUGGGGGCGUGUCUGAUCGCCGUGGGGGGGAGGAACGACACCGGAGCUUUAUCGUCUGUGGAAGUGUACUGUCCUGCUGAGGACCGCUGGACCUACGUGGCAGGACUCCCCAGGUUUACCUAUGGUCAUGCAGGGACGGUCCACCGUGGCGUGGUCUACAUCUCAGGGGGUCACGACUAUCAGAUUGGUCCGUACCGCAGGGACGUCCUGAGUUACGACCCAUCUCGGGACUGUGGCGUGUGGGCGGAGCUUCCACCCAUGUCUCUGGCUCGGGGUUGGCACUGCAUGGCGUCCCUCGACCACCUCAUCUAUACAAUCGGAGGCAGUGACGACCAUGAGGACACCACGGAGCGCUUUGACAUCCUGCAGGUGGAAUCAUAUGACCCCCGCGCUGCCCAGUGGACCUGUGUGGCACCGCUGCUGCUGCCCAACAGUGAGGCAGGGCUCGCCGUCUGGGCCGGAAGGAUCUACGUCCUGGGGGGCUACAGCUGGGAGAGCAUGGCGUUCUCCAGAGCCACGCAGGUGUACGACCCCAACAGUGCUGCAUGGGCCAGGGGGCCGGACUUACCCAAACGCAUUGCAGGGGCGUCGGCCUGCGUGUGCGUUGUCAAACCCUCACCAUCGUUACCCUCUCAGGAGAGGAAGAAGAAGGAGUACAACGUCAAAGACAGAUCACGGCCUGCGUAGAGGCAGAUGCUUUAACCUCGUUUGUCAGAGCGUAGUCUUUUUUCAUUUCAUUUAUUAAGAUCCGCAUUAGCAACUGAAACAUCAGUUGCUCUUCACUUCCUGUUGGAGCUGGAAUCCUUCACUGACCCCCGACCCUACUGACCCCUGACCCUACUGACCCCUGACCCUGCAGACCUGGAACAGUGGAACCCAACAUGUAUUUGACCUGAACCAUGGCUGGUGUUUAACUCCCUGGUAUCCGCCCAUAGAGGCCCCGCCCACAGAGGCCCCACCCCUUCCUAAAACACCUACAGUGUAUCAUAUGCACAGUGUCGUAUUUAUGUCAGAAUGUUUUUCAUACGGUUUGUUUUUAACUGUUACAUUUUUUGUAUUUCAUCAUUGAGCUAUAAACAAAAAUACCAAAUACUGUCAUAACUGUCAGAUUUUUUUACCCUCUAAAUGCCAUGUUUGUAAUGUAAACAAACCAUAUAUUUGAUGCAAAAAAAUCUUUGUUUUUUCAAUAUUCCACAUAUAAAUUGUAUUAGUUAGUCUCCUUUAAAAGAGUCUAAUUUAGGUUUUACAACCUUGUGGUUUUUGUUUUUUUCUUUGUUUGUUUGUUUGUUUCCUAACUUGCAACACCGGUCCAUGUUCUGUUGGGAACAUAACAGAAUUCUGACCUAAAAUAAUAUGACCUUUUAUAACAUGAAGUAUAAAGUCUGCAUAAUAUGCUUACCUGGAUACCGGAGGGUUAAUUUCCAUUUAAUACACCCUGUGAGCCAAAUAAGCACUGUUGGAGGUUUAUUUCUAUGAAUGUACUGAAACAUCCCAGAAUCCAAACUCUAAGCACAAACAGGAGAAUCACAGUUAUAUCAGUGGAAUCUGAUCAGAUGAUGUUCUAGUUUUAUUAAAUCUGUACAAUGUGUACACAUUUGAAACGGCCUGAAUCUGAACACUGGUGACUUCUGUCUAACCUUUGACCUUAUGACAUUGACCCUCAUGGGCCUGUACCCUAAAGGAGGGUUAGAACAGAACAUGUGUAAGGCCAGACUCCAUUUGGAAGGAAACCUCUUCUAGAUUUUGUGUUUUGUGUCUGUUACAAACAUAACCUGGAAAAAAGAAAAUCUGUGUUUUUUCUGGACUGUGCAUCAGUUACUGCAGUGACUCAAAUGUAAAAGUGCUCCUGUAAGGUUUUCAUCCAUAAUCCACAUAUUGAUUAUGUGAUUAUUGGGUAUGAGUUCAACACAAAUGGAACAGUGACAUCUGUGUUUAAAGUGGAAUGACAGAAAUAGACAAACAGCAGUGCAUCAAAGUGUUUCACUCUAAAAAUUAGGUGAAUAAUAAAGUAUUAUUAUGUGUAGUAUUGAUUAAUGCCCAUACGUUCACCCAUUGCAUAUUAUCUUUAUUCUGAGCAUUAAUUACAUGACUGGUUUUAGCGGUCUCAAGGUAAAUCAGACUAUAAACUUAAACAUAAGUCAAUAUUGAUAUCAGGAAGCAUUUAAUUGAACUGUCAUAGCAAGAAUCAUGUCCACUUGGACAUGUUAACCUUUUUUCUGAAGAUAAAUGAAACACGUUAUUGUUUUGGUCAUGAUGUUCUACCAAAAACAGAGAAAUAAAGUCCAUGUCUGGGCAAGAUGAGGAGUUUUUGCGCCUCCUUCUGGCUAGCAACAGCACAAGGCUGCAGCAGUUACAACAAUACAAAUAAAAGUAUUAAAUGAUAAUAUUUACACCAACAGAAGAUAUUAAUCAUGUACAUUAAAUAAAAGCAGAGGAGCAGCAUGUGAAACUAUAAUAUCUGGUCCAAAUUAUUCCAAUCUGACACGUGUGGAUUUAUUUGCUAGAAAAUCAUCAAUGCCUUCAUCAAGUGACACGUUCCUUAACCGUUGUGAUUUAUAUUUAUUACUGUAAAACCAUUAAAACACUCCUGAGACACUGAGGAUCUCAGGUUUUAAUCACAUUCCAUUUGCAGAAGCUGAUCAACAACAGUUGUGACUUCACCACAUAUUUGGAUAAAUGUCUCAGUUUUUCUUGUAAAAAGGUCAGAUGUGUCCAACAGCUGCACCUGCAAAUUAUCCUGUAGCUUCCAGCUCAUAAACUUUUAUCUGAGCCUCAGUUAUUUCUACAGAUUUUCAUUCACAAAAGGCAUUUUUAAUUAAACAUAAUAAAAUGACAUUCAUCUA